UCUUGGAGGCGGGAUGCGUCGCUACCGCGAGUAGGGCACAUAUUGGGCUGAAUGGCGGAGAGGGAUGGCGACGCGGGUCCGGGGAUAUCUCGGGUGCUUCUUUCCGUGGGCGACGGCGGAGGUAUCAGUGAAACACUUUUGCUCAGUUCAAAACAUGCUAAAAAGAAAGCCACAACCUUACAGACAACUAGGCUGCCCAGGAGCAACCUUUUGGAUAAGGUGCAGAAUUUUCUACCCCAGAUGGCUAGCGCAAAUAAUCAACUGAGAAGAGAAAUGGACAGCAAGCCUGGCCAAGAGUUUGACAUAGAAAAUAUAGAUCCUUCGAUGGAAAAGAUAAUUGAAAUGAAUGUGGGCUUAGUAGAACUGAAUGACUGUGAUACAACAGAAUCAGAAGAUGAUUCCGAAUGUGAGGACAGCUCUAUUUGUGAAGAAGUUACAGAAGAAAAUAUUAAGUUUUCUUUAUCAAAAAGAGAAGGACGAAUAGAAAUGUUGGAUGGUAAAACUGAGUAGGUGAAUUAGCCUUAUUUUCCUAUCAUUUCAAUAUCUACAUGUUAUCCUCAUUUUUUUCAAGGCCUCUUGGAAAGUUGUGCUGUGUACUUCAUAUAUUGAGAGGUGUAUAAAAAUCUUUUGUAGGUUUGCUAUUGUCAGAAGAAAUUAAUGAGGAUUUCAUUUAUAAAAUUGAGAGAAAAGCAAAAAGAAUAAUGGACCAGACAGAAACAGAAGAAUCAAUAGUUAUGAACUAUUUAUGAGUUAAUUUGUAAUAACAUUACAUAUUAAUACCAACUCUUGGGAUACAUAGAGAUAAAUGACAAUGUCUCUGCAAAAAAGAUCAAUUACUCUAGAUUGUUUCAAUUACAAAGUAUUUGGAUUGGUGACUCGCUGUUGUAUGUUAUAGUAGUGGCCUUCCAAAUGAACUAAUUCCUAACUCCCAAGUCUGGUUGGGAUUCAUGCUUGUUUGUGCCAAAAGUUACCUUGUUUGAAAAGUCCUUUAAGGUAGGGGUGAAAGAAUUGUGUUAGACUGAAAUAUAUUUUGGUUGAUAAGCGGCAUUCAUAAUGGAGAAUGAGGAAUGCCAUUGGGAAUCCAGUAUAUUUUUAAUGUCCAAAAUAUGUUACAAAUCAAAUCGGGAGUUUCUAAUCCCAGCCAGUGUGAGAUCACAUGUUACAUCUUUGAAAUUAAAAUAUGCCUUGUAUUCUCAUAAAGUUUAUUUAAGCUGAAUAAAAAAGAUUUUUUUUAGAUGCAUGGUAUUUGUUUUAUACUGUAAAAGGCAUCAACUUGCAAGAUACAUGUCAAAGUGAACUGAAAUUAGUUUUAUUUUAUUCUUAUGGACAAUUUGUUAAGGUUAUGCAUUAUUACUGGAGCAUACAUAAGACUUUAUUCCCCAAAAAAUAAUUUUUGAGCUAUUAUUGCUUACUUGAAAAUGGGGUUGGAUGCAAAUCAGGAAUGUUUGACAUGAAAAGUCAAAUAGGAUGAAGACUUUGGAAGUAACAACAAUUAAUAGCUCAUACUAUACAUGGUAGAUUAUGGUCCAUAACUUACAUUCAUAGAGGACCAUGUUUCAGUGAAUUGAUGUGAGUUGAUAAUAAUUGUAGUACAUAAAUAUAAAUAAAAUUUAGGUACAAUAACAUUUUCUAGUACAAUCCACCAAAAAUUUCUAUUUAUUUUCCAUAGCAUAUUCCUGGAAAGCAAGAUACAAAUGGCAAAGUAUCUUUCUGUUCAUAAUUUCCAAUAUUGUUUUGAGACAAACACUACUAUAGUCUUAUCUUUCUGUUCAUUGUAUUUUAUACCACAAUGUUGUACGCUGUUUUCAAUAAAUAUUUUGCAAUUGCAAGUAGUAAAUACAUUCAAAACCUGG